CUCGAGCUUCAAGAAUAUGAUCGAAAACAACACGGCAUCGCCCGGCCUCGAGCAUCGUCACCUUUGGAUGGCAUUCAAGCCAGGAACUCUUUUAUAUCAAAUCUCAAUGGGACCGAAUUAGUCCAACGCUUGCUACAAUUUCGACUGGAGGAGAAAAAUGACCUUCCGGAUGUUUGGGUAGUUUGUUAUCAGAUUAUUGCCUGCGACGGACACGCUUUUGGUUUUGUUGCCGGAACGAUCCAGAUAGCAAGUUAUGAGGGCUGUAAGCCUCUUAACCAACUCAAAACUUUUCCUCUCGAAUACCACGUUGACGAAAAAAGAAUCAAAGAGGGGUUAGUAGCCCGGGGUAGGCGAUGGGCUUCACUAUGUGGCGUUCUCACAAAUUAUAUGGAGGUAGAACAGAAUGCUCCCAGAGCGACCCAGCGAGCAAACUACGAGCCACGACUAAGCUGGAGAGAGUCAUAGUCGACUGCAAGGAGUUCUAUAUCAACGUCGAUUCCAGACCUCCUCAGUUCAUUGCAGGUUUGAAGACUUUCAGUAUACAGACCAAGGAUUACUUGAAUCUUACAGACGAGCAGCUCCUCAUCUGUGGAAGUAGAAUACCUACAUAUUUCCUUAUUCCUAAACAUUGGAGAAUAAUCGAUGUCACUGGGCUGAGAGACGUAACUUUCAAUACGUAUGCAUUUGAUCGUCUGGUCAUUCCACAGGAGCAGAAAGAUUUGAUAUCGUCUCUCAUACCACCGCCAGGGGUCGAGACAGCGCCACUCGAUGACUUGAUAGAGGGGAAAGGUAUUGAACUGGGAUCGAUUUAUCGGUGGAAAAUCGAUAUAUUGGAGAUUGAUAAUCUGUAGAAUGACUAGUUUUGACUAGAUACAGGAGAGUAAUUCCAUAAAAACAGAGGGA